CAUGAGUGCACCGUUCAGUGCCCAGAAGAGGGGGAGGAAGAGCUGUGACUGAGGAGGAGCAGAGGAUGCAGCUGCUGCAGGUCAACUCUGGCUGGGUCUAUUAAGGUGGUCUGCUGCGGCCAUCAGAGCAGACUACAAGAUCAUGGAUGGGAUCACCUCCUGUCUGAGCGACAUGCUUGACAGCGUGAAAGCGGCACAAGUCAAACUGGAUAACAGCCCCUUUUCCAUGGGGGAAUUUUUGAAAAAAGUGGGCGUCUCCAGCAAUCAGCCAACGGUAGUGAUGGGACGCAAGCAGUACAAGUGCGAUUUGUGUAAUCGUUGCUUUUCUGACGCUUCCAACCUGAGGCGCCACAAAAACAUCCACACAGGACUAAGGCCUUACGUGUGCGAUGUCUGCGGCAGUAGCUUCCGUCAAAAAUCCCAGCUGGACCGCCACCACUUGGUGCACACCGGAGAGCGACCCUAUCGUUGUGCCUUCUGUACCAAGGGAUUUAGGGACUCUACCGAACUGAGGGUUCACUUUCGCGUACACACAGGCGAGAGGCCCUAUAGUUGUCCCAUCUGCCAAAAAAGUUUUUCUCGCAUCAGUUAUAUGAGGAGGCAUAGGGAAAAGCAUGCAAAACCUGUAGUAAUCCCAAAAACCGAACAUUGUCUGACCAUAACACAUGAGAAGGAGGAGAUCCCUCAAGAAUUUCAGUGUACCUUCUGCAGUAAAUCGUUUGUUACGAAGAAAGAACUUGACGCUCAUCGCCCCGUGCACCUAAAGAUUGGGCCAACCGGGCAGAAACUUUACGAAUGUGUCGAAUGUAAGAAGUGCUUCAACAAUUCUUCUAAUUUGAGGAAGCACACGGUCAUACACACGGGCAAGAAACCCUUCACCUGCAACAUCUGCAAUCAGUCUUUCCGGCAAGCCACCCAUCUUCAGCGCCAUUACUUGGUCCAUACUGGGGAGAGACCAUUCAAAUGUUCUGUAUGCUCCAAAGGUUUUAGAGAUACCAGUGACUUGUUAAAGCAUCAACGUGUCCACACCGUUGAAAAGCUUUAUCAGUGUCCCAUCUGGGAUUACACCAAAUCGCCAAGGCAGAAGCUUCUGGAUGAACGGAAGAGUCCUGAGGUCAUCACGUUCUCUUCUCCUCAGUCCAUGUCUACCAUGAAUGAAGACUCCGUACAAGGCAAGCACAUUAAAGACAAACUGCAAUGCAGUCUUUGCGCCAAAUAUUUCAGCCGGAUUUCCAGUCUGCACCGCCAUUACUUGAUGCAUACAGGCUAUCGUCCCUUUAUUUGUCCCAUUUGUGGUAAGACUUUCCAACAGCUCGCUCACCUCCACCGACACAAGCAGAUCCACACCAGGGAUCAACGUUACCACUGCCCGACCUGCCGGAAAACAUUUCGAGACUCCAGUGAUCUCUUGAAUCACCAGCAGGUCCAUGCGAAGGAUCAGUUAGACCAGCAGAACGAUGAGACUUCUUCUCAGGUGCCUUACAGAAAGUCCUAUCACAAACGUCAAGUGGAAAGUGAGACUUUAGUAGAUGUUGAUGACGGCAACUCUAUAGAAGUUGUGUUGGUCUAACUGGUAGAAGAACCACCUACAAUGUACACUGGAAAUUCUAAUUUUUGGGUGUUAAGUUGCACAGAUACCAUCCUGUUACCACAAACGAUGGGAGUUAUAGUAACUCUAUCAGCAAGAGUGCUUCAUUUACAAGAACCAUGUGAACUGGGACCUGUUUUUUAAGGACAUUAGUGGUUGUUCCAGCCUCUCGACUAUCUUCCUCCACCCACAGUCUUUACAUGGAGAACUGUGCAUGUUUGACCUUCAUUCAUACUACAUUCUAGUGGUCGGUGGGGCCAAAAGAAAUAAGACCUUUAUCGCCUAUCCUAUGGCUAGACGAUAAAUGUCCAUUAUGCCGCAAACCCUUAAAGGGGUUUUCUUGGAUAUAGAUAGUGAUGAACCAUCCUUAGGAUGGACCAGUGGAGAUCUGUCACCCCCAUGAUCAGGUGCAAGCGCUGGACCUAACACAGAAGAUGUAGUUGAAAGCCCAGCUCUGUUGUCCUUGUAGUGGCCGUGCUUAGGGGCAGUGUCCUUUCUGCGAAGCUCUCACCCUGUCCUUUUUUGUGCAGCUCUCUUCCCGUAAGGCUACUUACAGACGAGAAAGUUCACUGUGACUUGAUUUCCCGUUAUUUAAAAAAAUUAUAAUCCCAUGCGGUCUAGUCAGAACGGACUCAAUCGUCUGUAACUGUCACAGCCUCUAACAGUAGAUAGGGCCGGUGGCAGUUGAAGGAUGGAUCGGAGCAUGUGCGACCACCUCAGCAGGUGGACGUGCACAUUGCUAUACAGAUUAAACACCAGGGGGCGCUAUUAUAAGGACAUUAAGAGAAAUUGGGCAUUUUUGCAACACAGUAAAUUACAAAAGUACUGAAUUAAAUAGCGUGAAUUAA